AUGUCAUAUAACCAUGCUUAAUCUGAGGGCGCAGCUGAAAUAUUGAUAAGGGGAAAACGGAAAUCAAAUGAAAAGUAGAGGGCAUAGAAGAGAGAGAAAGAAAAGCGCGUACUCGAGCUGCGAGCAUUACAGAAGCCCCCUGAGGAAAUGCCUGGUUGAUGCAGCCUGUCUGGAUGGGCUGGGAAUUUUAACUUCAGCGCUGCUUUGGAUCUAACAAGUUUAAUCUCUCCUUCGCAAAACUGCAGCGGCAGAGUAGUAAUCCAGAACUGGUGGGGAUUUUUUUUUUUUUUUUUUUUUUUUUGUCUCAAUCUGGAUCUUUACAAACUGCUCUUCCACUGGUUGAGGGGAAAGGGUAUAAAAGGUCAAUUUUAGGACCUUUAAAUAUAUCUAUUAACCAAGUAAGGAUGUUUCAGACUGUACCAGACACUUCGUCUUACGUCAAGGAGGCUCUGUCGGUGGUGAGCGACGACCAGUCCCUCUUUGACUCCACGUACGGCGCUGCCACUCACCUCCCCAAGGCAGAUAUGACAGCCUCAGGGAACCCUGACUAUGGCCAGCCGCACAAAAUCAACCCCUUGCCACCUCAGCAAGAGUGGAUUAAUCAGCCAGUCCGGGUUAAUGUUAAAAGGGAGUAUGACCACAUGAAUGGAUCAAGGGAGUCCCCAGUAGACUGUAGUGUGAGCAAAUGCAGCAAACUCGUUGGAGCAGGAACCGAGUCCAACCCAAUGAGCUACAGCACCUACAUGGAUGAGAAGAACGGGCCUCCUCCCAACAUGACCACCAAUGAAAGGAGAGUCAUUGUCCCAGCAGAUCCCACCCUAUGGACGCAGGAACACGUGCGCCAGUGGCUGGAAUGGGCUAUAAAGGAAUAUGGAUUAAUGGAGAUUGACACCUCCUUCUUCCAAAAUAUGGACGGCAAGGAACUCUGCAAAAUGAACAAGGAUGACUUCCUCCGAACAACCUCCCUUUACAAUACAGAAGUUCUGUUGUCUCACCUCAGUUACCUCAGGGAAAGUAGCUCAUUGCUGGUCUACAAUACUCCAUCCCACACAGAGGCUUCUUCACGUCUUGCCACCAAAGAAGAUCCCUCCUAUGAUGCAGUCAGGAGAACAGGAUGGGGCAGUAAUAUGAAUUCUGGCCUCACCAAAAGCCCUCCCGUUGCAGGGACGCAAAAUGUGAAUAAGACAACAGAACAGCAACGGCCCCAACCAGAUCCCUAUCAAAUCCUGGGGCCCACUAGUAGCCGUCUUGCCAAUCCAGGGAGCGGGCAGAUCCAGCUGUGGCAGUUCCUUCUCGAGUUGCUGUCGGACAGUUCCAAUGCCAGCUGUAUUACAUGGGAAGGGACCAAUGGGGAAUUCAAGAUGACGGACCCUGAUGAAGUGGCACGGCGCUGGGGAGAACGCAAAAGCAAGCCCAACAUGAAUUAUGACAAGCUGAGCCGAGCCCUCCGAUACUACUAUGACAAGAACAUUAUGACCAAAGUGCAUGGCAAAAGGUAUGCCUACAAAUUUGACUUUCAUGGCAUUGCCCAGGCUCUUCAGCCUCAUCCCACUGAAUCUUCAAUGUACAAGUAUCCAUCAGAUCUCUCCUACAUGCCUUCCUACCAUGCCCAUCAGCAGAAGGUGAACUUUGUACCCCCGCACCCUUCCUCUAUGCCUGUCACAUCAUCCAGUUUCUUUGGAGCAGCCUCACCUUAUUGGACCUCCCCUACUGGAAGCAUUUAUCCAAACCCCAAUGUCCCUCGCCAUCCCAAUGCCCAUGUAUCACCACACUUGGGCAGCUAUUACUAGAUGCUUCUAUCUUCAAGUGGCCUUUAUCAAUCUGGUUGGACAUUUUCUUUACUUCUGGGAUUUUUUUUUUCUGGGACCCUUAAUGGAUAAUUGUGGCCUUUCUGGGGGAUAGUUAAAACUGGAUAUUGGUUAUUCCUGGAUCAAACCUUUUACUUUUGUAACUUUGCCUCUUGUGUCUUGGACUGAGAGAUGGAUGCUUCUUUGGGCCAGUACUCUGCAUUUUCUUUGGGUUUUGAUGCUUAUGUCCUCUGUAGGAAUUGACUAUGAAGAUUGUUCACCACAACUUGGAAUGAUUAUUAGCAUUUUGAUCACAGAAAUGUUUAAGAAUUCAAAGGCUUUUUAGAAGACAUAGAUCCAACUGUGGGUCGUAGGAAAAGACGACUACGUGGGUUUUUUUCUCGCUUUGGAGAGGGUAGGCAAUUUGACCAUUAAGUCAGGAGGACCUUGGGCUGCAGGGGACUGCAACUGGAAUCUUAGCUUUAAGGCAAAUGAGGAGUUUCACCCAACUGGAAAUUAAAUAUAUAUAUAUAUUCAUAUAUAUAUAUAUAUGUACAUGUAUAUUUUAAGAAGUAAAGGGCAUUGAAGGAACUUUUCUAGACUGUACAACUUCAUUAGACUGUGUAUUAACUCCAGAAGUGUCAAAGACCAGAACAAAAUAAAGUAACCUAAUGUCAAGCACAGACAUUCCUUGAAAGCAAAAGUGAAGUAAAAUAAAUGACAGCAGGCCCUUGAGCUCUGCCAGAGUCUUAGGGAUCGCUAAAUGCUACCGAUUCGCGAACGCUGUGCGUUUGUCAGACCGUCAUCCAAAGGGUCAACAAAUCAGAAGGCAAAUUACUGUAUAAGUUAUGCAGAGUUAUUUUUCCCUAUAUCUCACAGUAUUAAAAGAAAGAUUAAGUAAAACGAGUUGACCUCGGUCACAAAUACAGGUUUGUUUUUUUUUACUAUCAGCUCAGUGGGUUGUUUUUGUUUUUUUUUUUUUUAAUGUAAUUUGUACAUCUUUUCAAUCUGUACAUUUGGGCUGUAGCUUUUUACUUUUUACUAAAAAAAAAAUAAAAAAAUAAGACAUGAGUAAUGUAUCUGUUGGAGAAAACCUCAGUGCUGCAAUUGGAUCCCUAACUGAUCCCCAAACUAGCCAGAAACCUUCCAGACUUCUCUGGGUUUGUCUAGAGUAGAGAUUUUUCUUGUAUUAGCCUAUCAAAAUUGUCUGCAAA